GGAUAUACGCUUAAAAAUCUGGCAAUUAGAGAUGGCUACGUUAUCACAAAUAUUUCGCUCUUUAAAAAUCCGUAGAUUUAGAUCAGCUGUUUAUCAGGCUCGUUGGAUGUCUGCAAUGUCAACCCUUUUGAUCGAGGAACCUAAAUAUGCAUGGCUUAAAGAGCUUGGACUAUCAAGCAAAAAUAAAGGAGUUUAUUAUGGAAGAUGGGAAGGCUCUGGAGAGGAAACCACCUCAAUUUGUCCUGCACUGAACAGACCAAUAGCGCAUGUGACCACCGGAAGUACAUCAGAUUAUAAUGCCGCCAUCAAAGCAACUCAAGACGCCUGGGAACAAUGGGUAGAGAUUCCAGCACCCUUAAGAGGAGAUAUUGUCAGACAAAUAGGAGAUGCAUUACGAGAGAAGAAACAUCUUUUAGGAAAAUUGAUUUCAUUAGAAGUUGGUAAAAUAUUACCUGAAGGGGAAGGAGAAGUACAAGAAUAUAUUGAUAUUUGUGAUUAUGCUGUUGGUUUGUCUCGAAUGUUCUCUGGACAUAUAUUCCCUUCUGAACGUCCAGGCCAUAUGUUGCUGGAGCAAUGGAAUCCUUUAGGAAUAGUGGGAGUGAUUAGUGCAUUUAACUUUCCUUGUGCUGUGUAUGGAUGGAAUUCGGCUAUAGCAAUGGCAUGUGGAAAUGUAAUGUUAUGGAAGGGUGCCCCAACUACACCACUUGUCAGUGUUGCUGUGACUAGAGUCAUCAGUUCUGUGCUGGAAAAAAAUAAAAUACCAGGAGCUGUGUGUUCUUUAGUUAGUGGAGGUGCUGACAUAGGAGAAUUAAUGGCUAGAGAUGAAAGAGUGAAACUUCUUUCUUUUACUGGAAGCACAAAUAUAGGGCAUAAAGUAUCUUUAAUGGUUCAAGAUCGUUUUGGAAAAUUUCUGCUUGAGCUUGGAGGAAACAAUGCUAUUGUAGUGAAUGAAGAUGCUGAUAUUGACAUGGUUGUGAGGUCUGCAUUAUUCGCAUGUGCCGGAACUGCAGGUCAGAGGUGUACAUCAACAAGACGACUAAUCUUGCAUGACAAAGUUCAUGAUGCUGUAGUGGAAAGACUAGUUAAGGCUUAUGCUCAGCUGAGAAUUGGAGAUCCUAUAGAAGAUGGAACCUUAUAUGGCCCACUUCAUAACCAACAAGCUGUUACAAAAUAUAAAGAAGCCUUACAAGAGGCUGAGGCCCAAGGAGGAAAAAUAGUUUAUGGUGGAAAGGUGCUUGAUAGACCAGGAAACUAUGUUGAACCAACUAUUGUUGUUGGUCUAGCUCAUGAUGCUGGGAUUGUUAUGAAAGAAACUUUUGUUCCCAUUGUUUAUGUCUUGAAAUGUAAGAAUGUAGAUGAAGCAAUCCGUUGGAAUAAUGAAGCCAAGCAAGGACUCUCCAGUAGUUUGUUUACCAAAGACUUAAGUCUUAUACAGAAAUGGAUAGGUCCCAAGGGAUCAGAUUGCGGUGUAGUUAAUAUCAACAUUCCAACCAGUGGAGCUGAGAUAGGUGGAGCUUUUGGUGGUGAGAAACACACAGGUGGCGGCAGAGAAUCUGGAAGUGAUUCAUGGAAACAGUAUAUGAGGCGUUCCACAUGUACAAUCAAUUUUAGCAAAGAGCUUCCAUUGGCCCAAGGCAUUAAAUUUGAGUAAAGAUCUCCAAGAAUAGUACAAGACAAGUAAAUAGUUAAACGAAAUUAAGUUAUUGCCUUUUUCAAGCUGCUUUUUGUUCUUCUAGUCGAUGUAAGAAUUCAGUUUACAACAAAAUUGCAAUAUCUACAUUCAUUUUUUUUUUACUUUAUAAAUUUGUAAUGCAUUAUGGAGAGAUGAUAUUUCAUGUCUGUUGUUUAAACUGGUUACUAGUGUGGCACUUUGUUAAUGCAAUCUGCAUUUUUUUCUGUUAAUGUAUGUCUAAAUCUGUAUAGGCAUGAUUAUUCAUAAGCAUUUAAAUACAUUCUUUUGUUUUAAAUAUCACUUUAUAGUGUGUUUAUUCAAAAAAGUUAAUCCAGUAUUGUUAUUAGUGGCUCAAUUCAAACUGACAUUGAUAAAAAAAAGUUUGUUGUUUUUUUUUUGUGUAUAUCAUGGCAGUCAUCUCUAAGUAGACAUUAAACUAGAUGUUUGUUUUUUUUUUCAUCUACUGUCAAUUUAUUAUAAUUAAUGCUGUUUUUAAUAAAUAUAUAUAUACAUAUAUCAAACUUAAUGUGAUGUUUUAAUUGUAACAUCUUGUAAUUUGUAAGAAAUAUUGUAUUUCAUCUUCCUAUUCCUUUGGGUUUAUCCAUUAUAUUCUUAUAUUUAACUUCUUAUGAAAACAAAAAACUAUUGUGAUUUAAAAAAAAAAGAAAAUUGAUUACAAAAUGAAUGCUUGGUUGACCCUACACAGUUUUUAUCAUUGUUGUAGCAAAUUUUUAAGAAUACUUCAAAAUGAGUCAAAGGGGCAAUAUACCCUAAAUGGUGUUAAAGGAUCACAAUAAUUAAUAUUUUUUACUUAAAGGAAAGGCAGCUUGUUAAAAAAAAUGGCACUUUGUUAGAAAUAACUAUAUGUGAUGUAGAAGUCAGUUACUUAAAUGUAAUAAUUGUGAACUAUUUCUGCAGAUUGUAAACUCUCACCCAGACCUUACCAAAACCUACAAGUAUUCUAAUCCAGUUUCAUUCUAUGAAUUGUUGGCAUUUUAUUUUUUUUUUCUGAUUUUGUACUUUAUUUAUCCUCCAAGCCAAUUUAUUCUACAAUGACUCACCAUCAGUCAAUUAAUUUACUUCACUACAGCAGUGAAUUGAAAAUAGUUUUUGGUGCAAAUCAUUGGCAUACAUUUUGAAUAUUUGCAUGCAGUAAAUCACAGCUAAGCUUCAAUAAUAGUUUCAUUUUUAAAUCUGCAUGCAACAAAUUCCAUCUAGCCUCAACUCUUUCUCUCCUAAUUGAUGAUACUAACGUUGAUUUGCACCAUGAAAUUAAAUUAAUUUUUGGUUUUAGAAACUUUUUUUUAUGUUAUAUAUAAAGAGCAUGCAUUCUUCUAUAAUUAUAUACCUAAUGCAACAUUUCCUGAUUAAAUACAAACAAGUUAUUGAAGUUAAAUCAUAACAGAGUAGUGAAACACAAAUGAGCAAAAUUAAUAGUUCCAUCGGAACGUGAAAAUAACUAUGGAGAGAAUGAGUUAAGCAAUGGUUUCUUUUAUACAUCAAUUUAAAUUAAAUUCAUUUCUUGAAAUGUCUGUCCAUUAAAAAAAAAAAAUGCAAACUGUUUAAUGAUUUGGUGGGUUGUGAACAAAAAUCUGGGAAGCAGCUUGCUUUCACCUCUUUGAUGACCCUGUUAGGAUUGGUUUUCACAAACCUUGAAAUGCUUAGUGUUCCCAUCAUGAAAGUUAUAUACUCAAGAAAAUAUUAGAAUUUAAAAAAUCUUUGUCAGAUGUGUGGCUGAGGCUUAAACCACUGCUUACCUAUCAAAGGGGCACAAAAACCUCCCAUAUAACCCCCCCCCCUCCCUUUCACUGGUCUAAAAAAGAAAUUGGACCACAGCGUUCUGAACAGCUCAAAAGUUGAGCUAUAUAAAAGUUAUAGUUUUUUACUAUUGCAUUUAAAGGAAAAUGUUUUGUUAUAUUUUAUGUAUGCAUGGUUACUUGUAUCUCUAAAAUAUUUUAGAAGCUUGAUAAUUGUGACUGUGAAGGUUAAUGUGCUGGUGAUUGUUUCAUUUAAGGUUGACUGUAAAUUUUGUUGUUCUAGUUCCACUGGUAGUACGUGAAGUGAAAAUUGAUUAUUUUUUUUGAUAGACAUUAUAAAACUGUCAGGUGCCUUACAUUGUAAAGUAUUUUUGCUAUAUUUUGUUUUAAGGAAUCCAAUAAAGUUUGAUGGGUUGA